CCCACUUCCCUUCCUCGCUGGAGAGACGCCACAUCUGACAGGGAGGGAGAGACAGACACAACCGCAGGGGAGUGUGAACACCGACACCUCAAGAUGCUGGCACUAAUAAACCGGCUGCUGGACUGGUUCAAGUCUCUGUUUUGGAAGGAGGAGAUGGAGCUGACGCUGGUCGGCCUCCAAUACUCGGGGAAAACUACAUUUGUAAACGUGAUCGCUUCUGGGCAUUUCAGUGAAGACAUGAUCCCUACAGUCGGGUUCAAUAUGAGGAAGGUCACCAAAGGAAACGUCACCAUCAAGAUCUGGGAUAUAGGGGGGCAGCCGAGGUUCAGGAGCAUGUGGGAGCGGUACUGUCGGGGAGUAAAUGCAAUCGUGUACAUGGUUGACGCAGCAGAUCGAGAAAAGGUGGAGGCUUCUAGAAACGAGCUUCAUAAUUUAUUAGACAAACCUCAGUUGCAAGGAAUUCCUGUUUUGGUACUCGGUAACAAAAGGGAUCUCCCCACUGCUCUAGAUGAAAAACAGCUCAUUGAGAAAAUGAAUUUGGCAGCUAUUCAGGACAGAGAGAUAUGCUGCUACUCUAUUUCCUGCAAAGAGAAAGACAACAUUGACAUCACACUUCAGUGGCUCAUCCAGCACUCAAAGUCCAGGAGGAGCUGAAAACGCAGGCGCUGUUUUCCAGCCGUGUUUGCCAUGUUACUGUCAUGCCACACCCUCGUCACUCUGCCAUGAUGUAAAGUCGUAUCUUCAGCUCACAUGCUGCUCUGUUCUGCUUGUGACACACACGUUUGUUUUCUUUCCCCCCUUUUCACCUUGUGAUUCUUCUCACAGACCCUGAGAAUGCACUACUAAAAAUGUGAUACCAAAUUUAAGGAUUGUCAUUGGCAUUAAUCGUCCUGUAAAGCUGUACUUUAACUUGGAGUCAGAACCUAAUUUCGGAUCUACCGUUUAUCAUUAAGGCAUUACCCAGUUGAUCAUACCCAGUGAUUUAUAACACUAAUCUUGGGUAUGCAACAACAGACCCCCUCAAAGGAGGGUUUAUUUUCUCAAACAGGCCUCACAUAACGAGAGAAGCUCUUCACAGUCAGACAUGAUGCCAGGGGAUUGCUGAUGUGGACGUGCAGGUGUUCCCAUUUCUGUCAAGCUCUACUCUGUGAUUCUUUAACGACGGUCUCCCUUCACUCGAUCAGGUUUUCUUCUCUCAAGAACAUGUCUAUUGUUUUAGUAAACUGUGCAUUUAAGCAAGUCAAUUGAUGCAGGUCUGUACAAAUAUCAAGCUAGUAUGAUUUUUACUGAUGUGAGAUGUGCGUGUAUGAAUAUAUGAUUCUAUUUAAAGUCUGAAUGUACUAAAAGUAAAGCUGUACGGGGUUGUGUGGUUCAUAUUGGCCUCUGUUUGUAAGUAGCCUCAGUGGUAUGUACGUUUGUGCUGCCUCGAAGCUGAGAGAGUGGCAAAUUUCAAAGUGCCUAAUGCAGUGUCUCUCACCUCUGAAGCAAAGCAGCAUGCAAGGUGUGCCUACCUGGGAAGAGUUUAAAAAACACCACUUCAAUAUAUUCAAGAAAUAAAAAGGCAUGCUUUUUAAUUUA